AAACAUGCGCACGUGCGUAUACACCAACGCCGCCUGCCUCGCGGGAGGCCACCGAGAUCCGGCAGCUUCCCCCCUCCUCCUCCCCGCAUCGGCCGGCCGCCUCCCGCCGCCCCGAUGCUCCUCCGGUCGCCGCCGCGGCACCUCCACCUACUCCGGCCGCACCACCUGCGAGUCCUCUCCCACGCUGCCGCGGCGCUCGCGUCCCCGGCCCCGCCCCCCGCCCCGACCGAGUGGACGGAGGCGCCCGUCGCCUCGGUGCGCGCGGCCACCGCCGACGCCUCCCUCUUCCACGUCUCCCUCGACCUCUCCGCCCACGGGCCCCUCCUCGCCUCCCACGUCGCCGCCGGCCAGUUCCUCCCCUUCCGCCUCCCGUCCGCCCCCUACCCCAUCUUCCUCGCCAUCUCCUCCCCUCCCCCGGCCUCCUCGUCCUCGGGGUCCUCGCCCAAAUCGUUCGAUUUCCUCGUCAAGCGCCUCCCCGGCACCCCCUCCGCGCGCCUCUGCGACCUCCGGCCCGGUGACCUCGUUCCCGUAGGGGGCAGCGUCGUCGGCCGCGGGUUCGAGGUAACCAGGAUCGCCGACGCCCGCGACGUCCUCGUCUUCGCCACCGGAUCCGGGAUCAGUCCAAUCCGGUCACUCAUUGAGUCAGGUUUUGGUGAAAAUGAGAAGAUCGAUGUAAGCCUCUUUUAUGGGGUUAGAAACCUUCAAAGGAUGGCUUAUCAGGAAAGGUUCAGUGACUGGGAAUCGAGAGGAAUAAAAAUUAUACCUGUUCUCUCUAGACCAGAUGAUCAGUGGACUGGCCAGCGAGGCUAUGUUCAGAAUGCCUUUUCAAGGGCAAAGAAGGUUAUAAAUCCAUCAUCGACGGGAGCGAUUUUGUGUGGACAUAAACAGAUGACUGAGGAAAUUACUAGAGCUCUUGUUGCUGAUGGUAUGUCCAAAGAUAAAAUCCUAACAAACUUCUGAGUUUCACUAGAACACGUAUCUUGCCCUUUUGGCUGUUGUACACCUACCACCACAAUCUAGUGGCUCUUGUUUACAGCAAAUGUGAUGCGACUUAGGGUCGUGAAAAAGAUACUGCUACGUACUAACAAAUAAGGGCAACUCAUUUUCCUUCA